AGGGCAUAUUCGUCCAAUUGCAAACCCAACUGUGUGCAUGCUAUCGAGGUGCGAAAUCGGGAAUCAAAUAAAAAAUCUUCUUCUCCCCUUCUCUCUCUGCAUUAAUCUCAGUUUAUUGUUUUUCAUCGCCAUCCUCGUUCAUAUUGCGAAGAGGUUUUGCCUCUUUUUAAGCUCCACCGCCAUUCCUUUCCACUUCUGUUAACCCGGAGCUUCAAACAAUGGCGAGGUACUUUUCCGGAAUCAGGCUUUUGGAUAGGCUGGAUAGGUUGAAUAUUCUUCACAGCAUGUCAAGCCCAUAUGCCAUGAUAUAAAGAUUUGCGAGGAAACCAUGACCUCGAAAGGCCCCAGAUCUAAGCUUGAUCAUGAAUCAAGAGCCAGACGCCAAAAGGUUCUUGAAGUGCCUAAAGAGCCUCGUCGUCCAAAAACACAUUGGGAUCAUGUCUUAGAAGAAAUGGUUUGGUUAUCGAAGGACUUUGAGUCAGAGAAAAAAUGGAAGCUGGCUCAGGCAAAGCGGGUGGCUAUAAGAGCUAGUAAGAGUUUGUUAGAGCAUGCCACAUUAGGAGAAAGGAAAGUGAAGGAAGAAGAGUUGCGAUUGCGAAAAAUUUCUCUUGGAAUAUCCAAGGAUGUGAAGAAAUUUUGGAUGAAAAUAGAGAAACUGGUUUUAUACAAACAUCAGCUAGAGCUGGAAGAGAGAAAGAAGAAAGCUCUUGAUAAACAGCUUGAUUUUCUUCUGGAUCAGACUGAAAGGUACUCUACGAUGCUGGCAGAAAACCUUAUAGAUAUGCCAUUCCCUUCCAAGCAAGGGAUCCCAUGCGUGAAGCAGCCAUUAGCAUUAGAAUCAGGACAGGAGCAGCCAGCUGAUCAAAGUGAAAAAGGGGAUGAAGGGGGUUUUAUUGGAAGUCCAGAACACCCUGGUUCGUACUCAGAUAAUGUGGAACAUGAUGAAGAUUUUGAUAUGCACUCUGAAGAGGAAUCGGAGGAUGAUGAGCAAACUAUGGAAGAUGAUGAGGCUCUCAUAACUGAGGAAGAACGGAGGGAGGAACUGGAAGCUUUGCAAAAUGAGGUUGAUAUGCCUCUAGAAGAGCUACUCAAGCGUUACAUGGGUGAUCAGGCUAUUGGGGUUAAAAUUUCAGAGAGCAGUAACGAUGCUGCAAUUGAGCCUGUGUUGGAAGAAAAAGGUCUUAUCAAUAGUACAAGUGGAACUGUCAUGAAGGAAAUUAAUAAUAAAAACAGAAAAGAGAGAGCUAGUUCUGAUUUCUCUAGUGAACUAGUAAUUCCAGUUUCUGUAGAUGAAGGAAACAAAUAUUUCAUGUGUAAACCUUUUGAAAAUUCAAUUAUAGCAGAUAUGGCUACGGAAGGAAAAGGAGUUCUCCAAUCUGAUGGAAAAGAGAUAGAAACAUGUGAUGGAAAAGUCCCUGCUGCAAAUCUUGCAAGUGUUAGUAGGGCAUCUUUACCAGAAAAACAACACCAAAGUGAUGAACAUCAUGUGGUUUUUACUCCUGUAAAAGUGAAAGAAAGUAACGGUGAAGUAUGCAUUUUGCAAAAUGGCAGUGCCUUGGAUGAAGAAUCUGGGCAUCUUGAUUUUGGUGAUGAAUUGGAUGAUAUAGAGUACAUCCUCACAGCCGAAGAUGAAAAGGAUGAUGAGACUACCUUGGCUGAAGAGGAGGAAUUUGCCAAAAGCGAAGCUAAUGACCCCUCAGAUGAGAUCAAGUUACUGCAGCAGGAGAGUGAAAUGCCCCUAGAAGAGUUACUUGCGAUGUAUAAAAUGGAUACCUGCAAGGAUGAAGAUGACCUCUCUGCAUCUGAAUGUGCUUCUACCAGUUCUGAGGAACAAGUUGAUCAUUCUGGGAAUAAGGAAGUAAAAGGGGAAGAUUCUGGUCCAGAUGAAGAUAGAGAUGGUCUGACAGUUUUGCCAAGUGACUCCACGGAAAUUGAGUCAUUUUCCCCAUUGAAACAUUCUGUAAUGCAAAAACUCAAAGGAAAGCUCGAAAACAGAACUGAAGAAGGGCGGGAAAGUGAGAAUAUAAUUGCUGAUGCAGCAGCUGCUGCCCGAUCAGCACAGCCAACCGGAAACACUUUCUUGACAACAAAAGUGCGUACAAAAUUUCCAUUUCUUCUCAAGCAUCCCCUUCGUGAGUACCAACAUAUUGGUUUAGAUUGGCUUGUGACAAUGUACGAGAAGAGACUGAAUGGAAUUUUGGCUGAUGAAAUGGGGUUGGGAAAGACAAUUAUGACUAUCUCUCUUUUAGCGCACUUGGCUUGUGAAAAGGGAAUAUGGGGACCCCAUCUCAUAGUUGUCCCCACCAGUGUUAUGCUCAACUGGGAAACUGAGUUCCUGAAAUGGUGCCCUGCCUUUAAGAUUCUAACCUACUUUGGAACUGCGAAAGAACGAAAGAAUAAACGGCAAGGCUGGUUAAAGCCCAACUCUUUUCAUGUGUGCAUAACAACUUACAGGCUUGUCAUACAGGAUGCAAAGGUUUUUAAGCGAAAGAAAUGGAAGUAUCUGAUUCUGGAUGAGGCUCACCUUAUAAAGAAUUGGAAAUCCCAGAGGUGGCAAACCCUGUUGAACUUCAAUUCUAAGAGAAGAAUUCUGUUGACAGGGACGCCUUUGCAAAAUGACCUCAUGGAGCUAUGGUCUUUGAUGCAUUUCCUGAUGCCUCAUGUUUUUCAGUCCCAUCAGGAAUUCAAAGAUUGGUUUAGCAAUCCAAUCUCAGGCAUGGUUGAAGGACAAGAUAGGGUCAAUAAGGAAGUGGUUGAUCGUCUCCACAAUGUGUUGCGCCCUUUCAUUCUGAGGCGGUUGAAACGGGAUGUAGAAAAGCAACUUCCCAAGAAGUAUGAGCAUGUCAUAUACUGCCGAUUGUCAAGAAGGCAGCGCAAUUUAUAUGAGGAUUUUAUUGCCAGCUCAGAGACACAAGAAACAUUGGCUAGUGCGAAUUUUUUUGGGAUGAUUAGUAUCAUAAUGCAACUUCGGAAGGUGUGCAACCAUCCCGACCUUUUUGAAGGCCGUCCUAUCAUAAGCUCAUUUGAUAUGGUUGGUAUUUACAUGCAACUGAGUUCUUCUGUUUGUACAGUACUAUCCUCUGGCCCAUUAUCUAAAGUAGAUCUAAUGGGUUUGUCAUUUUUAUUCACUCAUCUUGAUUUCAGCAUGACUUCUUGGGAAAAUGAAGAGUUUGCUGCAAUUGCGACCCCUUCGAAUGUCAUUGUAGAGGUUAACAGCGUUGACAAAAUUGGAAAGCUGUCAGGAUACUGUGAGCGUAGGAAGAGAACACCUGGGAAUAAUAUUUUUGAGGAAAUUCAAAGAGCUCUUAUUGAGGAAAGAGUGAAAGAGGCUAGAGAACGGGCAGCAUCUUUUGCGUGGUGGCAUUCAUUGCUGACUCGCAGGAAACCUACGUAUGGCACAAAUCUAAGGGAGGUUCUUACCAUAAAACAUCCUGUUCUUGAUAUUCAUCAGCAAAAGAUGAAACCCUCAGACUACAUGAAUUUUUCAUCAAAGCUGGGGGAUAUUAUUUUGUUGCCUACUGAACGGCUUAAGCAAGUGUUUCACUUGGUUGAAUGUUUUAUGUUUGCAAUUCCUGCUGCGCGUGCCCCUAUGCCUGUUUGUUGGUGCAGUAAGCAGGGAUCUCCAGUUGUUCUCCAUCCUGCCUUUAAGGAAAUCUGCACAGAGGUUUUUGGUCCACUUUUAGCACCAAUAAGGCCCGCUAUUGUGCGGAGGCAAGUCUAUUUUCCUGAUAGACGGCUUAUACAAUUUGAUUGUGGUAAGCUACAACAACUUGCAAUCCUGUUGAGACGCUUGAAAUCUGAAGGUCACAGAGCAUUAAUAUUUACACAGAUGACCAAAAUGCUUGAUAUUUUGGAGGCAUUCAUUAGCCUGUAUGGUUACACGUACAUGCGCCUAGAUGGUUCCACUCAACCUGAGGAGCGACAAACACUGAUGCAGAGGUUUAAUACAAAUCCAAAAAUUUUUCUUUUUAUUUUAUCAACGAGGAGUGGUGGUGUUGGAAUCAACUUGGUUGGGGCAGACACGGUCAUCUUUUAUGACAGUGACUGGAAUCCUGCCAUGGACAACCAGGCACAAGAUAGAUGCCAUCGAAUAGGGCAGACAAGGGAAGUCCAUAUUUACAGGCUAAUAAGUGAGAGUACAAUUGAAGAGAAUAUUUUAAAGAAAGCAAACCAGAAACGUGCUCUUGAUGAUUUGGUUAUUCAGAGUGGUGGUUAUAACACAGAAUUCUUCAAAAAGCUUGACCCCAUGGAGUUAUUUUCUGGCCACAGAACUGUUAUCGAUGAAACUAUGCCUAAAGGGGACCCAAAUGCUCUCCAAAAUUCUAGCAGGGAGGCCCUUUUAUCGAAUGCAGAAGUGGAGGCUGCUCUGAAACUUGCAGAAGAUGAAGCAGACUAUAUGGCUUUGAAGAAAGUUGAACUGGAAGAGGCAGUGGAUAAUCAGGAGUUCUUAGAAGAAGCUAUGGGUAGGUUAGAAGAUGAUGAAUAUGCAAAUGACGAUGAUGGAAAGCCCGAUGAGAAAAGAGCUUGUGAAGACAACAUUGUUACUGAUAGGAAGUAUAAGACUAGUGGUGUCAGUGUAGCUGAGUCUAUUGAAAAUGAAGACAAGGCUCUUAUGGUAGCAGGUGAGGAGGAUGAUCUUGAUAUGCUGGCUGAUGUCAAACAGAUGGCAGCAGCGGCAGCUGCAGCAGGACAGGCAAGUUCAUCCUUUGAAAAUCAGCUACGCCCUAUAGACCGAUAUGCAAUGCGGUUCCUGGACCUUUGGGACCCUAUAGUAGACAAAUCUGCUAUAGAAUCUCAGGUCAGGUUUGAGGAGACAGAAUGGGAAUUAGAACGUCUUGAGAAACUCAAGGAGGAUCUAGAGGCUGAGAUUGAUGAAGAUGAAGAACCUUUGCAGUAUGAAAGCUGGGAUACGGAGCUUGCAACGGAAGCGUACCGGCAGCAUGUUGAGGCCUUAGCUCAGCGUCAGUUAAUGGAAGAGCUAGAGUCAGAAACUAGAGAGGCAGCUGAUGACGAUGAUCAAGGAGACACAAACAGGAAGGUGAAAUCAAGUGACCGUAAGACCAAAACAAAAAAGAAGACAAAGAAGGCAAAAUUCAAGUCUUUGAAGAAAGGAGCCCUGGCGUCCGAUUCAGAAGCAUUGCCUGCAAUUCCAAUACCAGAAGCUCCAGAAAUAUCCAAAGAGAAAAAGACGCCUAGCAGUGCAGCAAUUUCAGUAAGCAAUAAGAAGAGGAGAGCUCCUAAAUUACCCAAUGAGGGGAAAAUUCAAAAGAAGGGCUCAAAGAAACAUAAGAAAGGAGGCACUGUUGGUACUCAUGUUGUGGGCUCAGAAAGUCAAGAUAAGAACUCUGAAAUUGAAUCUCCGAACACAAUAGGCAUCCAUGAUGUUGAUGUGAAACCAGCAAGCCGGAGCAAAAUGGGUGGGAAGAUUUCUAUAACGGCUAUGCCUGUAAAGCGGGUUAUGGUUAUCAAAUUGGAAAAGGCAAAGUACAAGAAAGAGCAUAUCCCUAGUCCAGAUUCUUGGACAACGCAAGAAGAUGCUUUAUUGUGUGCCAUUGUACACGAGUAUGGAUUGCACUGGAAUCUAGCAAGUGACACACUUUAUGGUAUGCCAGCUGGUGGGUUUUAUAGAGGGAGGUUUCGCCACCCUGCCCAUUGUCUCAAGAGAUUCAGAGAACUAUUCCUAGGCCACAUAUCUUCUGCAACAGAAAAUCCCAACACUGAGAAGAACCAUUCAGGGGGUGCAAAGGCUCUUCUUAAAGUAACCGAGGAUCAUGUCCACUGGUUGCUUGACGUGGCAAGUGAUCAACCUGACAACGAGCUUCUCCUUCAAAAGCACUUCACAGCCAUACUUUCGUCUGUGUGGAGAGCGCGUUCGUGCUAUGACCAUAUCCAUGGCCCAAUGGCCUCUCGGAAUUCCUGCAGUCUAGGCCGCGGUCAAAUUUCUGACAAGCUCAAAAGAGAACCCGCAAGGAGGUUUCUUGCACUAUCAAGCCGGAGCUCCAAGCUUGUUUCCAUGGCCCUCAAUUCGUCAUUUGGAAUUGAGCCAAGAGAGCAUCCAGUGAAUUACUUCUGGCAGCAGGUUCCACCCACUCCGUCGAUGGAAAACAGGAAAGGUUCAGAGACAUUGGAGAUUAGGCUUGUGCUUGGGAAUGGAAAAGAUGAUUGGGGAGAGGGGUUUCCCUCUAAUAUUGACCUGCUCAUAAGUGGGUCAGAUCCAGAGCAGCCAGCUCCUCAAGAACAGCUGUCCAAAAACUUGCUACCACAACUGUCCUGCCAGAUUGCAGAGGUUCGAUUCAGGUUAGCAUCAAACUCUUGCUUUGAAGGUGAGGGCUACAGCUGGGCAUCAUCCGCAUUCCCCAUUUCAGAAUUUGUAAAGCACCGAUCCUCAAAGUCUUCCACACUAGGUAAACACAAGCUCUCAACUGAUCCUCACAAGACCCCAAAAUCAAAGCUAGCCAAGACCACGAACCUCAAUGAGGACACACAAUCUACUCUUGCUCUAGAAAUCCAUCACCCACCUGAACCAUCACCAGAAGUUCCAUCCUUAUUCUCCCCUGGGAAUUUGAUUCAUUGGCCCGACUCCGGUAUUGAGGAUCUUCAUCCACUCAUCGAAAAUUGGGAUGACCAUGCACCUCAGUUUUAUGACACUGUGUUCUUCGAGGCCCUCGAGGACUUGUCUUGGCUCGAUAAUCCCGGGUUUGAGUGAGUUUCCAUGAAUUUGAUAUCUCGUGUGUGCGGCCCAGUCUCAGUGAUAAGUUGAAGCGGAUGGCCAAAAAUCAGAUGAUAUUUAGCAAGACUGGCCAGAAAUUGAAUGAUAUAUUCAGUGAGGCAGCCGGGAACAUUGAUGAUAUAGUUUAACAAGGCUGGCUGGAAAUUGGAUGAUGAAUAGUGAGGCUGGCUAACGAUCAAAUGACAUGGUUAAGUGUGUUAACUGGAAAAUGGAUGGCAUGUAACUGGGCUAUAGCUGGAAAUUGGAUGAUAAUGAAGCCAGACAACUUUUUGGUGGGUUUUUUGCCAAAUUAUGGAGUGGCGGAAGUUUUUACUUGCCAGUUUUUUAUUUCGAUUAUUUGAGGCCACUUUGGGCGUAUAUGUACCAUAGCAAGAACUUGGGUGUAAAUUAUCUAUUUCUUCUUUUCCCUCUAUGCAUGAGUGGGAAAAAUGGUUGCAACGUUUUUGCAUUACAGGGGAAUACAAUGCUACAAGGAAAGUCUCACUUUUGCUUCUCCUUUUUUCCCUUGUCUGAUGGAAAAUCUGAGUCAUUUUCUCACGGGAUUUGUUGUGAAACAAAAUGAUGCUUUCAGAAAAGAAACUGGAAGUCUGGGAUAGGGAUAUUUUUCGGGGAGCAUAUUUGUACAUAUUCACCAUUUAGACAAAUUAUUCAAUUU